AUGGUAGAUUGCGGGAACGCACGGUGUGCUCAAGAAAGGCGUCUUUUUAGGAAGGAAUUAAUGACAUGGAGCAAAAAAUUGCCUCUCGUGGUUGGACUGGAAACAAUUGGUGAGCGUCUUGCAGGAGAGGCUGCUGAAGAUCUUUUCCAACCCUGGAGAGCAUUAGAACCGCAAGAGUCGGCAGAUUGGGAACCAGAAGAAAGUUGUUUUUACUGUGACAAAAAGCUCAAAUUCUUAUUUGAAUCUGUCAGUGAACUGGAGGAAGAUGAUGUUGGGAGCACAACCCAAGAAGGCCUAGGGGUAGGUUAUCUGAAUGAGCUUCUGCCCUACUGUUCUCAAUACUACACAUCCUCUGGCACACUGGACGGUUCCCAGCCGCUUGACCUCAGUGCUGGGGCCUCAAGGUCACCCUCAAGAUCAACCGACGGAGAAAUGGUUUCCUCGGGAAACAGAACACAUGUAGAAUUGAAGAUACCUCAAAUUCGAUCUCAGUCAAAAUUCCGGCGAGAUGGUUUCCUGAAUGGAAAACGCUCCUACACAGAGGAGGAGCUGGUGGCUGCUGUAGGAGACAUCAGGAGUGGGAAGUUAGGGACAAGACGGGCAGCUGCUCUGUACGGCAUACCACGCUCUACACUCAGAAAUAAGAUAUUCAAGCUGGAGUCUGAAGGAGUUGGCGCCACAGAUGAGGAAGAGUCGCUGGAUGAACCCAGCGCGGCUCCCACACAGCUGCCCUUAGCACCUGUCGUGGACACCAAGAUGACAUUGUCAGAGCUGAUGCAGACCAGUCCCUUCCUCCUCAUGCCGCCCAUACCUUUACCCAUCCCAGUCCAACACCUGGAGGCCCAUAACAACAAUAACAACCACCACCACCUCCAGGACUUUUGGGACUGGCGCCUGGAGCAGAUUCGCCGCAAACACAACCUGAACGGCCUCAAAGAGCAGGACGAAUUCCACAGCGCAUGUGGGAUAGACAUGGAGGUGAGCAAAGAGGAAGACGCCAGCAGGUCCAUGGCACCGUCCAGCUCCCCUGGAGAGCUCAAGCUAACCAUAUUGCCUGAACUUGUGCGAAGACUCACUGAACAACGCGUGGACAUGGAGCGCUGCACAGGUCUACCUCAUCAGUCAGCUUACGACAAGACAACAACAACGCCAGAGAGCAACCCGGUGAUAUCCGCCCCUUCCCCCCAUCCGUCUGCAUCUCCGCUGAGAAUUCCGUCCUUCAAACCCUCUUUGGUGGCCUCUGAGGACCCCCCACCCCAGAGCAAGGAAGGGAAAGCCUAUGAAUGUGGCAAAAUAGGAGAUACUCUGAAGGAUAUAAUAGCAAAGACGAUCGCUGAGAAGGUGCGAACACGUACUCACUGCGCAGGUGUGACUAAUGAAAAACCCAAUAGUACCUGUCUCAGCCCUGUAGCGCCCACAGCUUCUCAAACAACCACAGCCUCAGCUUUCUCUAUACCAAGUGCCUCGUCUGCCAAGAAGUCCCGCAAACAACCCAGUCCACAAAACAGGAAGAAUAAUGCUGAGCAGAGCAAUUCUGUGAACUCUAACAACAGCGGUAAGGAAAACAAUACCGCCUCAACACAAAAUGGAGCCACUGGCAUAACGCCUGUGAAGAAAACUCGGCCUAAGCGGGGUCAGUACAGGAAGUACAACAGUCAGCUGUUGAUGGAAGCGGUAAAGGCGGUACAGAGAGGAGAGAUGAGCGUACAUAGAGCUGGCAGUUACUUUGGUGUGCCACACUCCACACUGGAGUACAAGGUGAAAGAGAGACAUCUAUUGAGGCAGAAGAAAAUCAAGGAGAAUCAAACAGGCAAACAGAGUGCUGCAGGUGCUAAUAACUCUGCCAACAACAAACCAUCAGAGAGCGCUCAACAGAAAGCAGGAGAACCCACGUCCUCUAUCGCCUCACAAACCCCAGCAGCCAGUGCCAUCACUACCAGCCCCCCCAAGAAUGAACCGUCUAACGGACUGCUUAAAUUUGACCCGUCAAGAUCUCUGACCAGCUGGCUGCAGCAUGCACCUCCUAAUGGGUUGAGCUACCCUCCGGCAGCUCUGCCCCCCUCACCGUUCACAGCUAAUUUUGCCAUCAGUACCCCUGCCUCAGAGCUACUGAAGAAACUACAACAAAAAGUACAGAACAAGUCUCAUUCAUUCUGUCCAGAAGACAGUUUCCUACAAAGUGGAUUUCCCCGAGGAAAUGGAGCGGGUCUUCAAGAUGGCUUCCUUUUUAUCAAGUAAAUUGGUCAACAAAGAUAAAAAGAUUUCUAUUUUUUGGAUGGCUGAGUGCCUCCUUUCAGUCAAUCAAAACAUGUGUUUCUUAGCCAAUAUAUAUUCCAACAACAGCCUUAAUAUGUGCAAUGUGGGUGGGUGGGGAAGUAAUCGAAAACCUUGACAGGUGGGCUUCAGCUACACUUGGCUAGCUUGUAUGUUUUUGUGCGGGUUUUGGCCAUCAUGAUUAUGAGCUGGUCUAACACAUUUUCAUUUUAUCCUUUCUGUGCGAUGAUUGUCAAACUGACUGCAAGAUACACUUAGGUAUGACUAUUUAUAUUGUACAAAGUGUUUUAUUUACACAGAUUUAUGUUUAGCCUUGCAUCAUAUGUGAAUAUGUUAGUCAGAAUUUAAUCAGUAUGUAUGCAACAUAUUUAUUUCAAUGUGCUACGUUUUUUGUUUUUGUUUUUUUUGCCACUUGUUUAUAUUUAUAUACAACUGGUUUAUCAGUAUUUGGGGGUGUUUAAGAUUCCUUCUCUAACAUACAAUCUUUAUUUACAUGAGCAUAAUACUUGUGGAUUCUUUUUUAUGAAUUUAAUCUCAUCAUUGAUAGUAGAUAUAAUUUGUAUACCCUGAAGAACCAGUCUCUGCUUUUUGGGAGGAGUUUUAUCUUCCUGUCUUAUGUGACUGACAGUCCUAUUAAAGAAAAUCCUUGCCAGAAUGAAGUUCUUACUAUGAUCAUAUUUUAUCUAGUCAUGGAUGAAAGUUCAUGGGUAUAUACAAUCUUUCUGUAUGACAUUCCAGGUAUUAGUACUUGUAAAGGCCACACAAUGUUUACAUGUACAAAGGAAUUGAAUGGGGACAUUUUUCUCUGUGCCCAAGCAGGUGCCUUAAGUGACAUAAUAUAUAAAACAGAAAAAUUCCACAUCCCUUUAUUUUUGAGAUUUUGUUCUGGUUCUGGUUCUACCUAUUCUGUUUAUGGUGAUUACCUGGGUUUUUAUGUUUAUGAGGGUAGUUGUGCAAUGAUUUUUUCCCAGAGAUUAUUUGUAUCAGUCUCCGUGCUACAUGGCUACAUCAGUGUACAUGGACUAUACCCAGUGUUACACAGAUAUUAUUUACAUGUUGUCAUAUAUUGUUUUCUCUUUGUUUGGUAUGACAUGUUUUGUUUGGAUGCUUGUUGACAUUUUGUUGCCUGUUGUAGCCUGGUGGUUAGUCUUACACACAUAGAUGUAUCUGAAAUCUUGUCCAGAGAUAAAUUGUGCCUUCUGUUUCUCAACCUACUUACAGUGGCCAUUUUGUUUUACAUGUCCUCCCUCUGUAAGUGAUACUGAUCUUAUCCUGUUGGUACCAAUGUCUCGAUUUUCUGUAAUGUUUUGUAAUUUUUUAAAAUGGUUAUAUUUAUAGAUUGCUGGUAGAUUGGUUGUACCAGCCUUCCAUUGCUUCAAGAUGACCACAUUUUUAGAUGGGAUUGGGAGAUAAAUUUGUGAGAAAUCUGUGAAAGAAUUCCUCGGAUGAAUGUACCUGUAUGUACAUGUGAUGCACACCACUAUCUGGUGUGUGGGACUUUUUGAUUUCUUAUACCAUCACCCUCAACUGAAUAUGCUGCCUUGAAUGGUGCUUUUUCAUUUCACAAAAGUUUGACAUAUGUUUUUUAAAAUGUUGUACACAUGAUAAUUACAGUGUAGAAGUAACAUUUUCUGCCUGCAAGGACAUACGUACCACAGGUAUCUUUAAACUGUAUAUUUGAGUACACGCAUAUCUGUGGUGCACAUACAUGUAUGUGUAAGAGUGAUCAUUUAGAGUGUAAAGAAACAGAUGGCGAAUAUGUUGUCUGUAUCUUGUCAAGUCUCUUUUUCAAUUCAUAAGGACAAACAUCCUAGAGAGAUUUCAUUGUCUUCUUCUGAGCCUACUGCUAUUGUAACUCAUACAAAUUGUAACCAGAACAGGGGGCCACUUCUACAGAAUUCUGGUGAGAAAUUUAUUUUGACCAGAACAGAGGGUCGCUUUCACAAAAUUGUGGCAAGAGAUUUAUUGUGACAGGGGGCCACUUCUGAAGAAUUCUGGCAAGAAAUUUUAUUCUGGUUGCUCUGCAUGUGAGGGGCCUCUGCUCUUCAAAACACCCAUAUCACUAGCAUAAAUAUUCAUGAUUGUGAAACUGAAUGGUGACUAAACACAUAUGAUGUUGGUAUACAUAUACAAGCCACUCUUGUGUUUCAAUGCAUACAUUUUCGCCAUCUGUUUUGCUGUUUGAAAAUUUGAUAAUGUAUCUGUGCUAAAAAGAAGUCAGUUAUGCUUUUUGAAAAUUUGAUCAUUUAAUGGUGUUAAAAGAGAAGACAGUCUUGCUCUUUAACGGUUUAAUCAUUAACUGAUCUUGUACUGACCCGUCCUGCAUCUUAACUGUUUUAAGAAUCUUGAUCAUUGUAUAUUUUGGACAGUUGUACAUAAAAUGUUGUGAUGAAUAAUUUUGUUAACGUAUUCAGAGGAAAAAUUGUGUCUCUUGACUUGAACUGUGCUGUCAGAAAGCUGUUCAUAGGGAUGUACAUGCAUAAAACUAAAAUAUUUGAAUCAUAAUACACAUUUUAUGUUGACAUGAAAACAUAUAGUUAUAAAUUUUGGUGUAAGUUGGUUGUACUGGUGAAAUUGAUUAUACAGAUUAUAUGUAUGGUAAAUGAAUUUUUGAAAGUAAAUUGCUUCUAUAUAUCUGUCUAUAUAUAUAUAUAUGUAUAUGU